AUGCCAAUAACUAGUAACCUGGUGAAGAGCAAGCUGAAGGUGGAUGAGCAGUAUGUUCAUGUUCUCCCAAUGAACACAAAGUGUAUGGUGCAAGGAGUGAAGGUCAUUCUCCUGGAUGCUAAUCACUGUCCUGGGGCAGCCAUGUUACUAUUUGUUCUGCCAGAUGGCCAGACGGUGCUCCACACAGGUGACUUCCGGGCUGAUCCGUCCAUGGAGCGCUACCCAGAGCUGCAGGGUCUCAGGAUACAGACCCUUUAUCUGGACACAACGUAUUGCAGUCCUGAGUAUACCUUUCCUGCUCAACAUGAAGUCAUCACCUUUGCUGUAAACACAGCUUUUGAACAGGUCACACUGAACCCUCGUACACUUGUGGUUUGUGGCACCUACGCAGUUGGGAAAGAGAAGGUUUUUCUAGCUGUAUCGGAAGUGUUGGGCUCUAAAGUGUGUUUGUCCAAGGAUAAGUAUAACACCAUGUGCUGCCUGGAGUCAGAGGAGAUUGGCCGGCGCAUCACUACAGACUGGCAGGUGGCUCAGGUGCAUGUACUUCCUAUGAUGCAGCUCAAUUUCAAAAACCUGCGGACACACUUGAUUAAGUUCUCCAGGAAGUAUGACCAGCUAGUGGCAUUCAAGCCCACGGGCUGGACCUUCAACCAAAGUGUAAGAGUGGAAGACAUCCAGCCUCAGACCGGGAACAUCAGUAUCUACGGUAUUCCCUACAGUGAGCACAGCAGUUUUCUUGAGCUGAAGCGUUUUGUGCAGUGGCUGCAGUCGAAAAAGAUCUUUCCCACAGUGAAUGUGGGCAGCUGGAGGAGCAGGAAAGCCAUGGAGGGCUUCUUUCGUGAGUGGCAGACUGAACCCAGAAACCUCCGCUCAACAUCAUGUGCCCUGAGAAACUCAAGCUGUGGAACAAGGCUAUAAAGUAAACUGACAUCCACAAUCAAACCUUUGGCCAAACAGUCAAACGGUGCCUUUAUUGAUUGGACCUGUAUUACUCAGUGGACCAUUUCAAAUUUGAGAGUUUUGGACUGCCUUCUCACAUUUGAAAAAAAAAAAAUUAAGUUCGUUCUUCCAGCCUGCCUUUUUAAGUGCUGGUUGUGUGAUGGCUAAUAGUGUUGCCUCUAUUGCCUUUUAUGAAUGGCUCCCCUUGCCAGUGGCUAAUGCUUAAAUGGACCACAUUUGCUCUCUUAUUUUAGGAGGUUUUUUUUUUACUC